CGCCCACCAACACCAUGGACGCCGCCGCGAAGGAGGCGCUGAUCCUGGACCUGCACGCGGUGGAGGCCGUGAAGCUGGGCACCUUCGUGCUCAAGUCCGGGAUCACCUCCCCGAUCUACCUGGACCUGCGCGUGCUCGUCUCCCACCCGCGCCUGCUCGCCUCCGUCGCGUCCCUCCUCGGCGCGCUCCCGGCCACGCGCCCCUACGACCUUCUCUGCGGCGUGCCCUACACAGCGCUGCCCUUCGCGGCCGCGCUCUCCGUCGCCGCCUCCGUGCCCAUGCUGCUCAGCCGCUACGACACCAAGCGCGUCGAGGGCGCCUUCCGCGCCGCCCAGACCGUGCUCAUCGUCGAGGACCUCGUUACCAGCGGCGCCUCCGUGCUCGAGACCGUCGCCCCGCUCCGCGCCGAGGGGCUCGUGGUCGCCGACGCCGUCGUCGUCAUCGACCGCGAGCAAGGUGGGCGCGAGAACCUCGCCGCUAGCGGGGUCGCGCUGCACUCGCUCAUGACCCUCACGGAGAUGCUCGCCGUGCUGGCGAGGCACGGGAAGGUCGGCGAGGAGAAGAUCGCGGAGGUCAGGCGGUUCCUCCAAGCCAACAGGAAGGUGGCGGUGCCCGGGGUGCCUGCUGGGCCACCCAAGCCGUCGGCUACUGCUCGGAGGAAGUCGUUUGCGGAGAGGGCGGGGUUGGCCACGAACCCCAUGGGGAGGAGGUUGUUCGAGGUGAUGGAGGCGAAGCAGAGCAACUUGUGUGUCGCGGCUGAUGUUGGGACAGCCAAGGAGCUACUUGAGCUUGCUGACAAGGUUGGUCCAGAGAUUUGUAUGCUGAAAACACAUGUUGAUAUCUUGUCUGAUUUUACACCAGAUUUUGGGGCCAACCUUCGCACAAUUGCUGGGAAGCACAACUUUCUGAUCUUUGAAGACCGCAAGUUUGCUGACAUUGGGAACACAGUAACUAUGCAAUCUGAAGGAGGUAUAUUCCGCAUCUUAGACUGGGCGGAUAUUAUUAAUGCGCAUAUAGUUCCUGGACCUGGGAUUGUAGAUGGCUUGAAGCUCAAGGGUUUGCCUAAAGGAAGGGGCCUACUUUUGCUUGCUGAAAUGAGCUCAGCUGGCAACCUUGCUUAUGGAGACUACACUGCUGCGGCUGUAAAGAUUGCCGAGCAACAUCCUGACUUUGUAAUAGGAUUUAUAUCAGUGAAUCCUGCAUCUUGGUCACCAGCACCGUCAAGCCCAGCAUUUAUCCAUGCCACUCCUGGGGUUCAGAUAGCUGCUGGAGGAGAUGCCCUUGGGCAACAAUAUAACACUCCCUUUUCUGUCAUCAACGACAGAGGUAGUGAUAUAAUUAUAGUCGGACGAGGGAUUAUAAAGGCCAGUAACCCUGUAGAGACCGCGAGACAGUAUCGCAUGGAGGGGUGGCAGGCGUAUCAAUCCGGCUUUUCUUGAGGAUGUUUAAGCAACUCGCCAAACGUAGCCGGAGGACAUUCGGGCGAGUGUUGAUGUGAUAAGAGUGCGCCCCAUCUAUGAUCUAUGUAUGCAACUGCGUUCUUUCACUUUUACCUGCCCAUCAUUGCCACGCAGUGAUUUUCAGUAAUGGUUCUGACUGUACCCCCGGAUGCUAUAAUUUGCAAUAAGGUAACGCCAAAUCUUAGCUGAACUUUCAGU